AUGCCUUCUCAUAAACAUUGGAAGUACCAUCACUCAGAGGACAUUGUAUUGUCCAAUCUCCGAGGUCUAGCCUUAGCUAAUCCUCAUAUCAGUGUCAUACCCUCAGAGAAGGUUGUUUUUAACUCCCAGUCUCAAGGUGACAAGAAGGUGACGUUGAUCAGUGGUGGGGGAGCGGGCCAUGAACCUCUACAUGGGGGUUAUGUGGGGGAAAACUUGCUUGAUGCUGCUGUUAGUGGCCACAUAUUUGCUUCUCCUAAUACCAAUCAGAUCUUAGCAGCUGUGAUCCAGAAGACCAAUAAACAAAAGGGUGCAGUAAUUGUGGUGAAGAAUUAUACUGGUGAUAUUCUUCAUUUUGGAUUGGUAGUUGAAAGAGCGAAGGCUUUAGGUUACCCCGUUGAAAUGGUGAUUGUUGCUGACGAUGUUGCGGUUGGACGCUCUCAGAAUGCUAUGGUUGGUCGUAGAGGACUAGCUGGAACUGCCUUGAUCCAUAAGAUAUUGGGGUAUGCUAGUCAUAGUGUUGAAUUGGACUCCUUGGCUUCUUUAGGUCGUGAUAUCAAUGAGAAUUUAGUAACUAUUGGGGCUUCUUUAGACAGAACUUCCAUUCCUAAUAGUAAAGAGGGCGGAGAAGAAGUAGAAACAACGGCUUUGGACGAAUACGAAUUGGGUUUAGGGAUCCAUAAUGAACCAGGGGAGAAGUUGAAACUUGAUGAUAUCGACAAUAUUGUUAAACAAAUGUUUGAAAAAUUGGUAUCACCAAAUGAUCCAGAAAGACAUUAUGUUGAUUUUAGUUUGGACUCGGAUGAAACAGUGCUAUUAAUUAAUAAUAUUGGUGGAACUUCUUCUUUGGAAAUGAACGUAUUGGUGGAUCAUAUUGUUUCAAAUUAUCCCUUUAAAAUUGCCCCUAAACGAGUUUUAGUUAGCGACUUUGUCACUUCAUUGAACGCUCCAGGGUUUUCCAUCACCAUAAUGAAUUUGACUGGUGCUUCGUCUUCAUCUUCCAAAUUUUCUCAGACCUUCAUUCUUGAGGCUUUAGAUGCUCCAACAAAUGCUCCUGGUUGGAAACCAAAAAUAGCUGAUUGGCAAAUCACCUCUAAAGAAGUGGACUCUCCCAUGGAAUCACAUUCCAACAUUGUUUCCUCGGAGCUAAGAGUUGAUGACGCUAAACUCCGUGCUAAUAUUCAACUGGCUCUCAAGAAAGUUAUUGAAUGGGAACCCAAAAUCACUCACUACGACACCUUGGUUGGUGAUGGAGAUUGCGGUGAAACUUUAGUGGCUGGUGCCAAUGGGAUAUUGAACUCCCUAGCUAAUGAUAAGGAUUGGAAUGACCAUUUGAAUGACCCAGUAUAUACUCUUUCCCACAUCACCGAGAUCAUCGAGAAGGAAAUGGGGGGUACAUCUGGAGGGAUCUAUUCCAUCUUCUUCACCAGCUUAGUUUUCCAACUCCAGAAGAUCGAAGGAGAAUUUUCCACCACUAAGUUGGCUGAAGCAUUAUAUUUGGCUCUACACGAAGGGUUGUUCAAAUAUACCAAGGCAAGAGUCGGUGGAAGAACAUUGAUCGAUGCUUUACAACCAUUUAUCGAUAUAUUACACGAAUCUGGUGAUACCAGUAGGGCAUUACAAGCCGCACAAGUUGGUUGUGAAAAUACAAAGAAGAUGAAAGCGAAAUUUGGAAGAGCUAGUUAUGUCAGCUCUGAACAAUUUGAAAGAGAGGGGGGCAUUCCAGAUCCUGGUGCCGUUGGUGUCGUUGCACUUCUUACUGGGUUUUUGAAAGAUUAA